AUGUACGGUAAGACACUGAAAAUUGGAGGACGGGGGUCAGCUGCCAACUUGGCAGCCCCAUACUCCCCAUCGUCUGGGACUUCUUCUUUGAUAACUGCUUUAUCAUCUCCUUCUUCUUCUUCGUCCUUCGGAACCGGAAGCAUGUCACCAUUUGCUGCAAUUUCAUCAUCGUCCUCUUCAUCUCCAAUCUCCACGUCUUCUUCGUAUGCCAACUCAUCAUCGUUCAACUCGUCCAAAUCAUCGUCUUCCUCUUCGUCACCACGUGAAUGA